AUAGACUUUGCGGGGUAACGGAAUGUGCGAAAAUUCAUUCGUCAGCAGAAUUAACUUUUUUUUUUCCCUUUCACUAUUAAAAUCUCACAGCUUAUCUUGUGUUUUGUUUUUCGUAUUUUUUUUAUCUUUCUAUAUCAAAGUAUGCCAGUAGAAGGAUUCAAAGUUGAUGUAGACAAGGCUGUUGGCCAUAAGUUUGAAAGCGAAAAGGUUGUCUGUAACCGUCGUGAUUUUUUAUUGUAUGCACUCGGUGUGGGUGUUAAAGAAGACGAAUUAAAGUACUUAUAUGAACUGGACAAGGACUUUGCUCCUCUUCCUACUUAUCCUCUUGUUCUCUUGCUCAAGGGUGAUGAUUAUAAUGUUAACUUGUUUAAGGAACGCGCUCAGGGCAAAGGUACUCUUCCUGGUAUGCCUCAUUAUGACCCUAAUAAGAUUGUGCAUGGUGAACAGUCUUUGGAGGUCUUUAAGCCCUUUCCCGUCGAUGGUGGUAAUUUUAGUGCUCAAAAGACUUGUACCGGUAUUUAUGACAAAGGUUCUGGUAUGGUGAUUGAGACCACAAUUGAUCUCUAUGAUGAACAAGAAAAGGUGCAUUACUGCCGUAUGGUCUCUAAGUCUUUUGUUCGUGGCUAUGGUGGAUGGAAUGGUCCCAAAGGACCUAAAGGUGUUUCCUACAACCCCCCUAAACGUAAUCCAGAUGCUGUAGAAGUGUUUCCUACCACUGUCAAUCAAGCACAAAUCUAUCGUCUUUCAGGUGAUUACAAUCCUCUUCAUAUUGAUACUGCUUUAGCACCUACCAUUGGUUUCCCUAAGCCUAUUCUUCAUGGUCUUUGUACUUAUGGUGCUUGUGGCCAUGCUAUCAUCAAAGCGUUGGCUGAUAAUGAACCUACCCGCUUCAAGUCUAUUGAAGGCAGAUUUGCUUCUCCUGUAUUCCCUGGCGAAACCAUUGAAAUUUACAUGUGGAAAGUAGACAGCAAAGAUCCCAAGACACAAGGGGUUGUUUUUGUUGCUAAAGUGAAGGAAAGAGACGUUGUAGUAGUUAACAAUGGUUACGCUACACUUUACAAAAAGGGUCAUGAAUCCAAGCUUUAAGUUUAUUUAAAUAAAUU